UUAGUUAAUUGUAAGAAAUUCUAAAUCGUCGUCUGUCAUCAAAUGCCGUUAUUUUCCAAACGGACCGUCGGAACGUUUCCUACAGACUCUAGAAUGGUUGGAAUUAUUUUUUAGUAACGCAGGAACUUCGGUGGGGAAUUGUGGAAAUAAUUUAACUAGAGGUGUCUGAACUUCUAACAUCACUUAAAAUUCACAUAAAUUUCCCUGUAUGUAUUUCUAGAACAGAAGAAGCUACAAUGCUGAUUAAAGUCAAGACACUCACUGGCAAAGAAAUCGAGAUCGACAUCGAGCCUACAGACAAGGUGGAGAGAAUAAAAGAGAGAGUGGAGGAGAAAGAGGGAAUCCCACCCCAGCAACAGAGACUCAUCUACAGUGGAAAACAGAUGAAUGAUGAGAAAACGGCAGCUGAUUAUAAGAUCCAGGGGGGCUCUGUGCUGCAUCUGGUUCUUGCACUGAGAGGUGGGCGGGUCCAGCAGCAUCCCAGCAGCCUCCUCACAUCUAUGUAAACACCUUAGAUAUCCAAUAUAUUCACGCAUGUCGUCAGAAACCAUUUGAACCAUCUGGACUGAUGUGUGGUAGCCCCUGGAUUCUUUGUUGGAAUAUUCAUCAGUUUUUUUUCCUGCUAAUGAAUCCAACCACCCAACACCCUAAUUUGUUAUUCGUGCUCUUUUUGUUAAGUUUACAAGACAUGUUAAAAAUCAAGGUAAAACUGAUGUAUCAGUUUGUCAAUAAAAACUGAUGCAACCAUUUAA